AUGCAUCCUGAGCUCUACGACAACUUCACUACCGGGAUUUCACCAUUCUACAAGGAAUUCAUUAUCAACUGCCGCUCUCGAGAAUAUCAUGCGUCGUUUGACUUAAGAGUGAAGGUCGACGGUCGCUACCUAUAUCACCUCCGUUUUGCAGACGACAUCGUGAUUAUAACACCGAACAUCGAGCAGGCGGAACUAAUGCUGGCCGAGUUUGGCGUGCUUGUGGAAAGAUCAGCUCAAGGCUGA